GCCGCCAGUCCCAGACAUAAAUCUUUAUGACAAAAAUAGAUGAUUUCACUCUAAAGUGAGGUGUUAGAGAGGCAUUUGUACUUUACCAACUGUUGUUUCUAGUGUACUUCUACCAAAAUAUAUCAGGCUCCUGCAGGUGAAUUUAGAGGUGAUAUUUCUUCUUUAACUCAAAGACACAUAUCGUUCUCAGUUUACACCCCUCAAGUGUUUUGAACUCGCCUCUACUGCAGCCAUGUGGGAGUUCCGGUCCAUGUCUUUCUGGCGGGCUGUUUUUGCCGAAUUCUACGGCACAAUGUUCUUCGUCUUCUUUGGGCUUGGUGCUGCUUUGCGCUGGACCAGCGGUGCUUACAAUGUGCUCCACGUGUCCUUCUGCUUUGGGCUGGCAGCUGCCACGUUCAUCCAGUCCAUCGGUCACAUCAGCGGUGGCCAUAUCAACCCAGCCGUCACCUUCGCCUAUGUGGUCAGCUCCCAGAUGUCCCUGUUCCGUGCUUUCUUCUACAUCUGUGCUCAGUGUUUGGGGGCGCUGGCUGGUGCUGCUGUACUGUAUGGGGUGACACCCAACAACAUGAGGGGCAACCUGGCUCUCAAUACACUGCAGCCUGGCGUUAGCCUGGGCAUGGCCACUACAAUGGAGGUAUUCCUGACUCUGCAGCUGGUGGUGUGUGUCUUUGCUGUAACCGAUGAUCGGCGUAAUGGCCGUCUAGGCUCUGCUGCUCUAGCCAUUGGCUUCUCCGUGCUCAUGGGCCAUCUGCUUGGGAUGUACUAUACUGGUGCUGGAAUGAACCCUGCCAGGUCCUUUGCUCCUGCUGUGCUUGUCAGGAACUUUAUCAACCACUGGGUGUAUUGGGUUGGCCCUUUUAUUGGCGGUGCUCUGGGUGCUCUGCUCUACGACUUCCUGCUGUUCCCACGCAUGCGUGGCUUCUCUGAAAGAAUCGCCGCGCUCAAAGGCAGUCAACCUGCCGAAGCUGAAGGCCAGCGGGACACACGGGGCGAGCCCAUUGAGCUCAAAACACAAGCUCUAUAAACAAACAGUCAGGA